AUGUCGAGCCGCUCCGACGAUUCGUUGGAUUCACUUUUUCGUUACGAGCCGAGCCGCGUAGAUGCUGAGGCGAGAGAUGACGAGCCGUCGGUUUCGACGAGCCGUCCCCAGGGUCCCGUUCCUGAUGAAGACAUUAAUCGCGCCGCACUUAAGGCCGAGGAGGAGGCAUUUCCCUUUGACCUUUUCGAGGCGAAACGUGAAUUGGAACGUCUCAUGGCGUCCCGAGGCGCUUCCACAUCUGGGCGAGGGCCACGAGUUAAGAGACAAAAACCUGACCCGCCUGGCUCUACGCUUUGCUCCCUUGAGUCGCUCGAGGCGUUGAGGCAUCGCUUCGGGAUAUCCGAGGCGGUGGAGUUCGUCGUUCCAGAGAAGAGCGACCGAGCCGACAAGCCUCCAGAGAAUCAUUUCACUCUGUACGAGGCGUUCUUCGGAGUGAUCCUUGAAUAUCUCUGGAAACACGGGAUCUCGAUUGGGCAAAUCAUGCUGAGGGGAUUACGGCAUAUGAUUGGCAUCUUAGUUCGAAGCUUCGAAUGCGGACAUGAUAUCGAGCUGAAUCACCUGCUAAACUUGCUGGAAAUCAGGAAAGCUCCGAAAGGAAAUAAAUUCUAUAUUUCCAACAAGGCGAAGCGAUGGGUCAUCGGCGGUUUUCCCAGCAAGGAUCAGUUUUGGACUGAAAGCUUCUUCUACGUCUCGGUGAACGAGGCGUCGGUCGGCGAGGAUUACGUUCAAAGAACCAAGACCGCUUGGGGACCACUUGGUAGCCGACCCGAAGCUUUGCCUCGGCUCGGAACAGUUUUUUGUUCAGUGCUUUCUUCCCCCGAUUCCCGACGACCUCUUUACUGUCUGAGACUCUAUUUCGGCGCGGAAGAGAAAGGAAGAGGCGCGAGGAAGAAGAGGCCGCGAGACAAGCUGCCGAGGCGGCUCAAGAGCAGACCGAGGCGGUUCCAGCGCAAACCGAGGCCAUCCCUGAACCCGACCCGCCGACCCGGGAAGGAGACGAAAUGGUCCGAGCCGCAGAAGGCAACACUGCUGAGGCGGUCGAGAGAGAUGCAGCGCCCGAGGUGGAACUGGGCGAAAUUAUUCCCGAGGCAUCAGGGGACGAUUCAGCGGUGCGGAGCAAAACCUUCGAACUCCGCCAUUUUAGCCCUCCUGAAGUCGACGAGGCCCCCGACUUCAGUCGUUCAGAAACAUGACCCGAGCCGAAAACGUUCGGCCGCUGACAAGGGGAAGGGCGUUGCUGUUCAGAAGGACGAGCCGUCCAAGAAGAGGCGGAAGCCGACGCCCGGGGACCCCGCCGCGCGCAAGUUGGUCGUCGACGACCCCGACGCCUCUGCCGUCAUGUUCUCGCAUGUAAAUAACACGAACACGCGUCUUCCUCCUCUGGAGAAGUUGAGCAGGCCGAGGUCGUACGGCGCGAUGGCACAGCCCGGUACCAAGUUUGUCGCGGCCAUUAACGACCUGAUGGCCGAGUACGAGGCGGACUUGUCUAAGGUCGAACGUCGCUUGGCCGAGGCCCGAAAUGAGACCGCGGCGUCAAAGGCGAAGCUGGAAGAGGCUCAGAACAAAACCGCAGCGGCAAAAGAGAAACUGGAUGAGUCGGUGGCCAGGGCAUCCAAGCUGGAAGAGGAGAAGAUCGUUCUGCGUGCCAAUGUUGACAAGGCGUAUCGAGGCCAAGGACGCCUUGUUCGAUGCCAAGGUCAAGCGGGCGAAAAGGAGGCAAGGCGAGAGCUUACGGAGAAGUUUCAGCUCGCCAAGGUGGAGGAGGGUUUGGCCAAGCUCGAGAAGGCCAAAAAUGACGAGAACGAUCUGGGGCAAAUCAAGGGAAACCUUGCGAUGAUUGCCGUCCUGAAGAAACCAGACGCCCCGACGCUCGAUGAUGAGGAGGCGCAGCUAAAGAGCUGGGAGAGCGAAUAUGCCGACGACGACGUGUAUGAGCUUAUUACCUCCGAGAUCCGAGGCGAGCUGGUUUUCUCACCCGUAUCGCCGGACUCGGUCGACACCAGCCUUGGUAACGAGCCGCUCGAAGAGACAGCGGCCAACUUAAGCGUCGUAGAUCCGAACGGAUCGAACGCGGGUACGCCGGUCUUCUCGAACCUCCUUGCCGAGCGUGAAACGCAGUCCGCGGCCUGA